GUGUGCAACAGUGACGAGUAUAUGAAGAUGUCCAGAGAAGACAUGGAACUACUCCUCAGAGAGAGAGGUUUUCUCCCGGGCCAGGCUGUAGGUGGACAGGAAGGAGUAACCUGGGAAGAGGAAGUAGGCUGUGACCCUGUGCCUCCGGCGCCGUCUAACUCCCCCAGGUACACCCCUCAGUGUCGCUGGGCUCCCUUGUCCCACCUGGACCCCUGCACCCUCACCUUCCCUGGAGGGGCUGCCCUCCAGAUCCACAGCGUGCCCCCCGGCCUCCUACCCAGAAUACAGCAGUUCUACAUCUGCACAGGCUGUGGCAAAGUGUUCUGGGAAGGCUCGCACUUCAGCCGAGUCAUCUCACAGUUCCAGGAAGUACUUCGUGUCUCAGAGGAAGACGGGGAUGGGGAAUGGAAGGAGACUCUGGACCAAAAAAUGGGAACCGGUACCACGCCCAUUUCCAUGCAGAACAAGAACUAAUGGAGAUGUUCUUGACGACGGCGCUCCAACCCUGGAGUGGGCUAUCCAUCGAUAUAUCUAUCAAAUUGAGAAUAUUAAAUCAGUUGGUCACCUUUGGAGACGUUUUUUUUUUAAUGUUUUUAGAUUGUUUUAGAUCUUCUAUAUGCCUGAUAAGUCAUGGCCUUCCUACAUUGUCAUAUCUCGAUAUAUUUUACUUUUGAAACAAAAUAAGUUGGUGUUUUUUUAUGAUUAAAACAAGGAUGAUUGUU